GGCGAACAGAACCCCAGGACGCAGUCGUGCCUUCCUUAUAUACCAAAUUCUACCGCGAGGAAGGAGCGACCUUGGGGUGCACUUUCCCAAACUAUAAAAGGAAAGAGCGAGCUGCGAAGGCACGGGUCGUUCCUUCCGUUUAUGCUUCGCUCACUGCGCAAGGAAGGAGCGACCGAGGCACGCACCUUCCUAGUACGAUAUAGGCACAGCGACCGGUCAUGGUGUUGGUCGUUCCUUCCUUUUGUACCCAGCCGAGCGGCAAGGAAGGCGCGACCAAGAAGCGCACCUACCUAGUACGGAACAGGAAGGAACGGUUGACUGGGGCAAUGGUCGUUCCUUCCUUGUGCCCCUCGGUUGGUCGUCAAAGGUCUGGAGAGGCGCCAAGCAUCUCAGGCCGUUAAAGCAGCAGCCAACAGAUUCCCUAUAGGGCCAAUCUAUUAAUAACACGAGUCAGGUCCAGUCCCACAGGUAGUGACAUCGCCCAGGUCAUUGCUCCUCAAUCCUUCUACAGCAAAUCAGUUCUCCCGAAAUCCACUUCCAAGACCACCGGCUCUCUCAAUUGCGCUGGUGAAUUGCUGGGUAAGGUACCUUGAAGACGAAGGGUGCCUUUUUUCCCGCUCCGACCGUUCUCCUCCACGCCACGUUUCCAGCUCCAUCCCUGAACUUCGUGUCUGUCGGCGAAUUGCUUUCGACGGAUUCCAACGAGAUACAUUCUCCGCAGCGCUAUUACCCUACCGAAGGCGAACUCGGAACUUGAAAUAGUUAUCAGUCAAGGCUGACUGUUAGUAAAACUCGUCCAAUUGACACCAUGGUCCAAGUCCUUUAAAUCGGGAACGAGCUUCGGGAUUACAGGGCGACCAUGGAGGGACUUUUCACACUGCUCGUUCUGAGCGCUGUGAUGACAAUUACAUCCUUCGUCGUAGGUUCACUGCCAUUAGCAUUCAAACUUUCGCCCUCACAAUUGCGACUGAUAUCGUCCCUGGGCAUGGGAGUACUGGUCGGCACAUCUUUGAUUGUUAUUAUACCUGAAGGAGUCGAGACUUUAUACGAUGCUGUCACAAUUCAGCGAAAGAGUGUCAACAGCCGCUCCGUGGUUGUUGCACCUUUGCACGAACGAGCGACCAUACCUACCGUCGCAGCAACAUUUUCUGACCUGAACGAAGAUGUAAAACCUUGGGAUGAAUCACUGUACCCGACCGCCGACGCUCCGGCGAUCCAUGUCACGCGGGAUGCCCAUUCCGGGGAGGGAACAAAAAGGGACACUUCAGAUGACCACUCGGAACAUGAGCACAGCGAAGAGAGCUCUCCGCAUGCUUGGAUUGGCAUUGCCCUCAUCAGCGGCUUUAUCCUGAUGUACCUCAUCGACAAGAUGCCUGAAUUUGCCGCUCCGGCAAAGCAACAGAAGCCUCCUUACCAUAUUUCCCUGGACAACCUAGGCUCUGGACUACGGCGAAAUUCCUCACCCGCGCGGGAUGGCGGGCUUUUGGAUGCAGCCAACAGCCCUCGAAGCAGCCACAGCUUUGCUACCACUACUGGCUUAGUGAUUCAUGCAGCAGCUGAUGGGAUUGCGCUCGGAGCAUCUACAUCGGAUACAGGAUUGAGUUUUAUCAUUUUCCUCGCGAUUAUGGUGCACAAGGCCCCGGCUUCUUUUGGCCUGACGUCAAUUCUGCUCCGGCAAGGUUUAUCUAGUCGUGCAGCUAGGGCUCAUCUAUUGGUCUUUAGCCUGGCUGCUCCUGUUGGGGCUCUGAUAACUUUUCUUUUCGUACAAUUGCUGGGCUCUGGCUCCACAGACGAGACGAGCGCGCAUUGGCGCACGGGUGUCCUUUUACUGUUCUCCGCCGGGACAUUUCUGUAAGCUCUCCCUCUAUCUAAGCCAUGCAGGGGCUAACAAAAGUAGGUAUGUCGCUAUGCACACCAUGCAGGAGAACAAUGCAAGCUCGUCGUCACAUGACUCGCCAGCCAAUGGUUACGACUCGAGAGAUAUGUCGCUAAAAAGUGACAAGUCCAUGAGAGACCUCGUUGCUUCUGUGAUUGGCAUGAUCUUGCCACUCUUCCUCCAAAUCGGACACGCCCACUGAGCAUGGGCCUUCGCUUCUUGUGAAUUACUUUUGUACUGUCCUUACUCAUGCCUUAUAGAUUGGAUUAACUUGGGACAUCUGAGGAUCAUUGUAUCAGUAAAGUAUCUCCUGCAUGUUGACACUUGUUAUUUCAUUCAAAAGCCGAGUUGACGGCAGCUUUGUAUUCAUUACUGUUAGAUCGGAAGGAUCAUAAAGGGCCAUAGAUUCAUUCUGAGACAAUUCAAGUCAUUACCUCUCGAUCCCGACGCUCCAGUUCAUUUGAUCAACAAAAUAGCAAAUCAUAACC